UGUCAUUUUCAUCAUCAUGAGAGAAGGGAGACAAGAAUAAGCUAAGAAUCUGAGGUCUAUUAGGGAAGGGAGGAAAAGAAGCAAACACCUGUCUCGUGCCGGGUGUGAAGAAGACGUUAGCAGUACCAUUAGUGUCAGAGACAGUGAGGAACUUGAUAGCCACACAAUCAGUAAGUGCUAGCCAAGCAAUGACAGUAGGGCUGAUGGCCUUAAGACCGGUGUUCAUGGCCGUGACAUCACACUUCACAUGAUGGGCCUGGCUCCAGCACUGGAUUCUGCUUCCAAGACGCAGAAGCCAGACCCUGUAACAAGUGGUAGCGAUGGCCAGAACACUGAUGAUCACUUGGAACAGUCGUUAAUCCUGGGGAUGACUUAGCAUCAGAUGGUGUGGGGCCAGCUAGGGUUCUAGUGAGGAGGUGUAGAGAAUGAGCUUCCCUGAGAACAGGAGACUGGGCUGUGCCAUCAGAGAUGAGGUGGGUUCUCUUCAUAGAAUAUAGGGAAUGACUGUACUUGUUUGUGGCAACGGGUUUAACUUAAAAGGGUCUUGGAGGGGCUCCGUCUUACUUCCCCCGUUUGCACUGCUAAUCCUGACAUCAGAGCAGAAGGGGUGGGUUUGGAAGAAGAGAGGUUUGGAUACGAUGGCCAGCCAGGACCUGUCCCAUACUCAUCUGGCAGCUCUUUCCUUCUCUGGGCUUGCUUUCCCCAUGAAUGGAUGAUGAGUGGGCCUGGAGGGAAGCAGGCCCUUCUCCCUGGGCUGCUUUUGCUUUGUUCAGAGGUAGCAUUUCUGAAAGCCUGCCUUUGUAAUCCUGAGUGAUUAAUUGAGGGCGGUAUGUUUUGGCCAGAUCCAAGGCCUUUACAAAGGAAAACAAAAUAGUGUUAUUACUGAUAGGUCAUAGUUGUGACUGACUUUUGAAAGGUAGGAUGAGCCUUGGGGACACUCAUAGCCACAAUGAGCCAUGAAGAAAUUAAAAAGUGAACAUUUCUACAUAUGGUGCAUGCGCGCACGCACACACACACACACACGAUGGUGCCGUGUAUGCCUUAGGUAAGAGUAUUUCCUUCAAGUGAUUGGAACAAACAGUGCUGCAAGUGGCACAUUACAUCUUUGCCGCAGAUCUCAACUGUGAAGGAGCUUGUCAAGUGGGCCCGAAGCCUCAGCAAUCUAGCAUCGGAGAUCUUUGCUGUUUUCCAGUCACACUCCAUCCCACGCAUCAUUCAGCUACAGGUGCGGCGGACACUGAGUGUUUCCAAUUGAAAUCUGAAUUCUGGAGACUCUGAAUCUCAAGGACAUUUUUUUUAACAUCUAAAACAGUCCACAUAAACAGUCAAACCUUUAUUUGUAGGUUACUGAUCAACUUUCCAUUGUUUGGCUGCGUUAUGCAAAUCAGGUCUUAUUUUAGGGUGAUCAUUUCCCCUUGUAUAGCAACCUCAAUCCACUCAUAUUAAUCUUGAAACUAACAAGCAAUAACAUCUUUCCCCCUUCUUUUCAUGUAAGCUAUUGCUGCCGUGUCCCUCUCUCUCUGCUCACAGGUAUUCUGGGCUGCUCCUUCCUGUCUGAGCCCUCCUGUGACUGCUGGGGUUGUCAGAUUGUCACACAGGAUGAAGCACCUCAUGCUUCAGCUACCCAGAUGAACAGAAGAGGGACUGGGCUUCCAGCUCCUGUUUCUGCUCCACUUCUCCCCGCCUUCACUUGUCUUUCAUGCUGCUUCUCGGCCUCCAGUGCUUCCUUGCUUGUUCAGAGAAUAAGGUAGAUUGCUGUGAAUGUCAUCUCCUCCGUGAGUGCAGGAGUUGAGGAUGAGGAGGACCCAGAGAGCUCCUGGCACACAGCAGAUACUCUUAGUUCCUUCCUUCUCUUUUUCCCUUUCCCCUUCUUUAUGUAUUCCUGGGACCCCCAUGGAGCUUACUUUGCUUUUCCGAAUGUGUGCCUUUUAGACAGGCUACUUUCACUCAGUUUUGUGUCUCCAUGGCCUAGCUUAUACAACCAGUGUUUAGUAAAUGUUGGGUGAAUGAACGGGUAGAAAGAUAAUUCUAGAGGGGAGAAAUGAUGAGGCGUUAUUUGUCAGACUAGUUGUAUUUUAAUUUCAUUUAUGGCCACUGCCUCUAUCCUAUAGAAAUGAGGACAUAGAUCUUCUUGGGAUAGAAUUCAUUGUACCCUCUUGAUCAUUUCGGAUUCUUCCACCUCUUUGGGAAUGGGCAUUCUUGUUUUAGGUCCGAGAGUCUAGGACAUCUCUUCACUAGUGUGGGAGGAGUGGGUGGGAAAAUAUCCACAAUAUGCAGGCUGCAGUUUUCCUGACAACCACCCACAGGUCCUCAAAUGUCACACACAGUCACAAGAGAAGCAUUCGUUCUUUGAUCAUCCAUUGAUUUGCUUGUUCAGUCAGUCACUUUUUACUGAGUGCUAUAGGGAGCCUGUUAUCGUCUACAUGUUGUAGCCUUUUAGUCUGAGUCAGAAGGUUGCAACAGGGUGAUCUGCCCACCUUGAGUCAGCCCUCCAGCUACAUCAUUGACUAGCAUGGGCCCUUAAAAUUAACUUAAUCAUGUAGGAGCACAUCAAUGAGAUUGUUUCAGAGUAUUAACGUUAUGUAGGAAGUAAAAGGGUGUGAGAGUGAGUGGUGUUCAGAAAGGCCCUUUCACAGAAAUGACAUGGGAACUGGAUGCUUGCGAAAAAGAAAAGGUGCAAGCCAAGCCCCUUUAAAUUUGAGGGGAGGGAGUUUUGAGGAGGGGAUUUGAGCAGAGAGACCAACAAUUGCAAAAGCUCUAGGGUAGAAUAAGCUUUUGGGUCAGAAAGACUGCAGGUGUGCCUGGAGCCUAAUGAGCAGUGGAGGGUGUAGGAGCACAGAAUAGAGGGCACAGAGCUAGAUCACAUGGGGCCUUGUGGGCAGCAGCGAGGACCUAGAUAUUAUUCAAGCCAUGCAUUCAUUCAUUCUUUGCUUGAGAGACAGACAGAUGGACAGACAGAGCACAUGAGUACACUGGGCUUUCCUUCAAGUAAGUAAGCUCUUAUUAUGUGAAGAAACAAGCAUUAUUAUUUUUUUGUAUAUUAUUAGAUUACUCCUGUAUUGUCCUUACAGUUUUUAAUUGACUGAGUAGGGGAAAAGGCCCAGGUGCCUCAACACCUAAAACAUAAGAUAACGAGUGGAUGGUAAGACAAGUGUGGAUAAAGCGCUCGGCUACCAAGACUUGAUAGUUCAUAAAUAACUUCUUUUAUAGAUCAUAUCAAAAGCAGUACCAGGUUUCCUAUUUGCUCUUGCCUCAAAGGAUUUUGUUUUGUUUGGUUCUGCUGAGGGGACCUGCAGCCAGUUAAGUAUAGGUGAUGUAAUAGUUGGUUUUCACACUUAGGCCUAUGCCUGUUGCAGUUCCUGGCACACUUAUGGAAUGAAUACAUGAGUGAGUGAUGGGAACACCCAAAUUCAGUAAUCCACAGAACAAGUAAUGUGUGGUUUCCAUGUACCACUCCCAUUUUUUGAAAUCAUAGAUAUUUUUCAUUAUCAUUCCUUCUCCUGGCAUGUUUUUAAAACUUUUUAAUGUAUGUAUAUUGGUUUGAAAGAAAGAGACAGGUCUUCCAUCUACUGAUUAACUCCCCAGAUGACUAUACAGUUAGGGCUGGGCCAGGCUAAAGCCAAAAACCAGAAAUUCAACCCAAAUCUCCCACGUGGGUGACAGGAACUCAAGUACUUGAAUCAUUCUUCUGUGGCCUCCAUGCGUGCACAUCAGCAGAAAGCAGGAAUUAGAAGCUGGAAUGGAGCUGGGACUGUGAUGUGGGUUGAGGACAUCCUAAACAGUGUCUUAACUGCUGUGCCACCUCCUGCCUUCCAUCUUCUUUAUUCUCAACUCUUUGUGAUCUCAUUGGACUACUGUCUUCAUAUUAGAAUUGUACCCUUGUACAUUCUAUCACAUGGGGCCUUGCAGUGAGUAAAUAACUUACUGAUUUAGCUGUGAGGUAGCAUGACAACGUACAUCACUGUUUCAUCCUCAAAAGUCUUUAUGCGAAAGGUAAUUAGGCAUCUAGUGUCUCCAGUAGCCUGCACAUUGCUCUGCAAACCCUCACCUCAAGAUCGCAUGAUUGCCUAGCAGACAAAGGACUGGAGUAAUCAUGAUCUGAACCAAAAUUAGGCCAAAGGAGUCUUCCUUGCCACAAGUCUUAGAAGAACAUUUACUUGAUGGUGAUUGUGGGACAUACUGAUUUUCGAAAUGAUCUCUGGAUACAUCUGAACACAGCUUUAGACCAAGAUAGAACAGCCCUGCAGAAAGUGAAGAAGUCUGUAAAAGCAAUAUAUAAUUCUGGACAAGAUCAUGUUCAAAAUGAAGAAAACUAUGCCCAAAUUCUUGAUAAGUUUGGGAGUAAUUUUUUAAGCCGCGACAACCCUGAUCUUGGCACCGCUUUUGUCAAGUUUUCAACUCUGACAAAGGAAUUGUCCACACUGCUGAAAAAUCUGCUCCAGGGCUUGAGCCACAAUGUGAUCUUCACCUUGGAUUCCCUGUUAAAAGGAGACCUAAAGGGAGUCAAAGGAGAUCUCAAGAAGCCGUUUGAUAAAGCCUGGAAGGAUUAUGAGACAAAGUUUACAAAAAUUGAGAAGGAGAAAAGAGAGCACGCAAAACAGCACGGCAUGAUCCGCACGGAGAUAACAGGAGCCGAGAUCGCAGAGGAAAUGGAGAAGGAAAGGCGUCUGUUUCAGCUGCAGAUGUGCGAAUAUCUAAUUAAAGUUAAUGAAAUCAAGACCAAAAAGGGCGUGGAUCUGCUACAGAAUCUUAUCAAAUAUUAUCAUGCACAAUGCAAUUUCUUCCAGGAUGGCUUGAAAAUAGCUGAUAAACUGAAACAGUACACUGAAAAAUUGGCUGCUGACUUAUAUAAUAUAAAACAGACGCAGGAUGAAGAAAAGAAACAGUUAACUGCACUCCGAGACUUAAUAAAAUCAUCUCUUCAACUUGAUCAGAAAGAGGAUUCCCAGAGCCGGCAAGGAGGUUACAGCAUGCACCAGCUCCAGGGAAACAAGGAGUAUGGCAGUGAGAAGAAGGGCUACCUACUGAAGAAGAGUGAUGGGAUCCGGAAAGUAUGGCAGAGAAGGAAAUGUGUUGUCAAGAAUGGGAUUCUGACCAUCUCACAUGCUACAUCCAACAGGCAACCGGCUAAGGUGAACCUUCUCACCUGCCAAGUGAAACCAAAUGCUGAGGACAAGAAGUCUUUUGACCUGAUAUCACAUAAUAGAACGUAUCACUUUCAGGCAGAAGAUGAACAGGAUUAUGUAGCGUGGGUAUCAGUAUUGACAAACAGCAAGGAAGAGGCCCUAACCAUGGCCUUCCGUGGAGAGCAGAGCACAGGAGAGAACAGCUUGGAGGACCUGACCAAGGCCAUUAUCGAGGAUGUGCAGCGGAUUCCUGGGAAUGAUGUCUGCUGCGACUGUGGCUCUUCAGAACCCACCUGGCUUUCAACCAACUUGGGUAUUUUGACCUGUAUAGAAUGUUCCGGCAUCCAUAGAGAAAUGGGGGUUCACAUUUCUCGCAUUCAGUCUUUGGAGCUAGACAAAUUAGGAACUUCUGAACUCUUGCUGGCCAAGAAUGUGGGGAACAAUAGUUUUAAUGAUAUUAUGGAAGCAAAUUUACCCAGUCCCUCACCUAAACCCACCCCUUCCAGUGAUAUGACUGUUCGUAAGGAAUAUAUCACUGCAAAAUAUGUGGAUCACAGGUUUUCAAGGAAGACCUGCUCAUCAGCAGCAGCGAAACUGAAUGAACUGCUUGAGGCUGUCAAAUCCAGGGAUUUACUUGCACUAAUUCAAGUCUAUGCAGAAGGAGUGGAGCUCGUGGAGCCACUCCUGGAAUCAGGACAGGAACUUGGAGAGACAGCCCUUCAUCUUGCAGUCCGAACUGCCGACCAGACAUCUCUCCAUUUAGUUGACUUUCUUGUACAAAACUGUGGGAACCUGGACAAGCAGACGGCCCUGGGGAACACAGUCCUCCACUACUGUAGUCUCUAUGGUAAACCUGAGUGUCUGAAGCUGCUUCUCAGGAGCAAGCCCACCAUGGACAUCGUGAACCAGGCUGGAGAAACUGCCUUGGACAUAGCAAAGAGACUAAAAGCUACCCAGUGCGAAGAUCUGCUUUCCCAAGCUAAGUCUGGAAAAAUCAAUCCACAUGUCCAUGUGGAAUAUGAAUGGAAUCUUCGACAGGAGGAGAUGGAUGAAAGUGAUGAUGAUCUGGAUGACAAACCAAGCCCUGUCAAGAAAGAGCGCUCACCCAGGCCGCAGAGCUUCUGCCACUCCUCCAGCAUCUCCCCACAAGACAAGCUGACGCUGUCGGGCUUCAGCACUCCCAGGGACAAGCAGCGGCUCUCCUACGGAGCCUUCACCAACCAGAUCUUCGUGUCCACUAGCACAGAUUCGCCCACGUCACCAACCACGGAGGCACCUCCUCUGCCUCCUAGAAACGCCGGGAAAGGUCCAACUGGCCCACCUUCAACACUCCCUCUAAGCACCCAGACCUCUAGUGGCAGCUCCACCCUAUCCAAGAAGAGGCCUCCUCCCCCACCACCCGGACACAAGAGAACCCUGUCCGACCCUCCCAGCCCACUACCUCAUGGGCCCCCAAACAAAGGCGCAGUUCCUUGGGGAAACGAUGUGGGCUCCUCAUCUUCAAGUAAGACUGCAAACAAGUUUGAAGGGCUCUCUCAGCAGUCGAGCACCAGUUCUGCAAAGACUGCCCUUGGCCCAAGAGUUCUUCCUAAACUACCUCAGAAAGUGGCACUAAGGAAAACGGAAACCAGCCAUCAUCUGUCCCUGGACAAAGCCGGUGUCCCGCCUGAAAUCUUUCAGAAAUCGUCACAGUUGGCAGAGCUGCCACAAAAGCCACCAUCUGUAGACCUGUCCCCGAAGCCAACAGAACUGGCUCCCAGGCCCCAAAUUGGAGAUCUGCCACCUAAGCCCGGAGAGCUGCCCCCCAAGCCCCAGCUGGGUGACCUGCCCCCGAAGCCCCAGCUCUCAGACUUGCCUCCUAAGCCACAGAUGAAGGACCUGCCCCCCAAACCGCAGCUAGGAGACCUGCUGGCAAAGUCCCAGCCUGGAGAUGUCGCGCCCAAGCCGCCGGAGGUCACACAGAAGGCGCACCCAGUAGAUCUCUCCCCAAAUGUGCAGCCCAAGGACGCCAUCCAGAAGCAGGCCUCCGAAGACUCCAAUGACCUCAUCACGCCCACUCUGCCAGAGACGCCGAUACCACUGCCCAGAAAAAUCAACACGGGGAAAAAUAAAGUGAGGCGCGUGAAGACCAUUUACGACUGCCAGGCAGACAACGAUGAUGAGCUUACGUUCAUCGAGGGAGAGGUGAUCGUCGUCACAGGGGAAGAGGACCAGGAGUGGUGGAUUGGGCACAUCGAGGGACAGCCUGAAAGGAAGGGGGUCUUUCCAGUGUCCUUUGUCCACAUCCUGUCCGACUAGCAGAAAGCCGACCCGUGAGAUCGUCCACCUCCUUCCUGCGAGACUGCUGCCUCCUUGUAAGGAGUCCUGUGCACAACGUGUAUAUAGCUGCUGUUACAGAGUCAGAAACUCGUGGAAGGGCACCUCCGGGGGAAAUAGACUGUGUGUUGUGAAUACCCUGUGGUCUUCUUCCUUCGCCAGUGGUAGGGUAGCCUUGGGACCCAGCGCGCCUUACUGGUUUGCCAAAGCCAUCCUUGGCAUCUAGCACUUAUAUCUCUCUCUGUGCUGUUUUCCAUGCAAACAACAAGAAUAUAGGAACUGCUGGCUUUGCAAGUAGAAAUUGUCUCCAGCGACCGUUGAAGGGCAUAGAAUUAACUCUCUGUUCCUAACAAUGCAGUAUUCUCUGUUGUGUUACUGAAAAUGCAACAUUAGCGAAGAGGUGGGUUCUGUUCUCCAGGUGAAACUCUUGGCUCCAUGACAGACCAGCCUGUAGUUAACCUAUCUGUGUACACAGUUUACAGCUACAAAAACCUACUGUGGUAUUUAUUACAGAAAAGUGCUCAGUUACAUGUAAGUGUUACUCCUUCAGCGAAAUACUCACCGACUGACCCAGCACUCGUUGUGGCAUUUUAAAGGCACACAGCCUCAUGCAGGUUUAGAUGAGUGGAUUUAUACUGUUAUGAAGAUGAGUGCCCGCCCCGAGAUGUUACCUCAUUAUGCAAAAAUAACAUAUCCUUCAUGACUAUUUUGACAAAAAGUUUAAAACACGCCUGAUUAAGUUCGACUUUCAGGAACCAAGGACCACCAAAAAAUACUAGCCUCUCCAUUAUGCAUGCAUCUAGAAGCUUACCUGAAAUCUGCCUUUUAUAAAGGAAUAGUGUGGAUAAGUGGAACUGUACAUUUUUCUAAACUUGAUUGCCAUUAAAGCAGAAAUUAUAAGGUUGCAACAAUAUUCGUUUCUGGUCAGUCAUUCGGCCUUCUCCCGAGUGUGGAUUGACAGCCACGCUGAGCGUGUCGAAGCAUCCAGUGUGCCCAUUUUCAGUCCUUUUUCUCAGUUUUGUUCUUGGAGAAACGUCAACUCUUAAAAGGUCAUGCACGUGAAGAACUUUAGCAUCAGAGCCAGCUCCCCGCCGCAGAGGCCGGGGGCUGAAAUCAAGCUUUCCUUCCAUGCCCUCGCUCUCGCCCGGCCGUAGGUGAGUUCUCCAGCCUCCAGCUCUGUCCGGUACACAGGCCACCACCCAGCCCGGUCCCUCCCUCACCAGGGUUCUGAUCGCUGCUGUGAGUUGCGCUCUCCCUGCCAGGAGUCCCUCCCCUCCCUGUUCUCUCUGCAGCCCAGCCUUGUUUGUCAUCAGACCAUUAAGACCCUUGUGAGCAUCCCGGGCUGCACUUCAUCCAGAUUUGGGGAAAGAACGGGAGAGCCGUACCCUGCGGCCCGUGGGACCACGUGGUGGUCUGGCGUUACAUCGGCUUCAGCUGCUCUUUUGGCAACAGCACAGAAGACUAGUGUUUUUAAGCAGAUGAUCUUGGCAUUGAAGGAGAAAUGUUAAUUUCACAGAAGCACAACUCCCAGCCACACCCUUAGGAGAAGCCCUCUGUCCUCCAGAGUCAAGUGCUCAGUGAAUUAUCAAUUUAGUUCUGCUUAAGUGGUUACUAUGAAAACUGAAUAAUCACCUCCUCAUAACUAAACCUUGCAUGACACACCUGCAGAAUACUUGAUCAGCUGUUACUGGUAGAUGACUUUUAGCAAUUGUUUCCUCGGUGUCAGGGCACGUGUGCAUUGCCACAGCAGACCGAGACAUGGGCUCGCAGUCCACAUGCCCGUCUGGGCCUGGCGGCAUCUCAGCCACACUGGUAUCAGGACAGGAAGUCAGCCUCGAAGUUGCUCGGUGUCCCAGUUCACCCAUUCACAUGAUUAAGGAGCUGUUCAUUUUUGUGGCCUGAUCUCAAACUGGUUUUUUUUUUUUUUUAAAGCAAAAGUUACACGUCUAAAAUGACACAGCGUCAAUGUCUUUUUUUUUUUUUCCCAGCUUACACACAUGCAUUGUUUUAACUUUUUGAAACUUUUUUGGCUGGUUUUGUGUUUGUUUUCCAUCCGGAAUUUGAGUUCUCUCUAGUCCAGUUUACUGUGGGACAUAGGAAAAGUAGAAAUACCUUCGGCAAUCUUGUUGAGUUGAAAUCUGAUCUUGUUCUUAAACUCAGUGAGCCACUAUCUGCAGUUUUGUACAUGAUAUAGUAUUUUGAAGGUAUGAAACCUUACAAAGAAAAUAGCAAAUUAGUUGUUUCCUCCAGAAGGGAAAGUUCUAUUCUGCAAAUAGUAUGUGUCUUGUUUGACUGUUGAACAGCAAUUGCUAUUUAUUUUUUUAAUGCCUAGAACUUCAACAUGUUGUACAGGAACCCGCAGUGCCACUAGUGAAACCCGACCUCUCAUCUGGAUGUUACCAUCAAGCGUCAGUACACUUGUCAUUUCACAUGUAUUUAAUGUGAGUUUUUCAGUACUGUAUGUGUUAAUUUCUACCUUUUUUAAUAUUUAAAAUUGCUUUUAAAUAAACAUAUUCUCAGUUGAUCCCAAA